GAAGAAGAGCUAAAAGGGGAAGUGCUUGGUUAUAUAGGUAUUUAGUAACUUCUACAUUUUAUUCUCUGUGUCCAAGAUAAAGGGUGCUUGUGCUUUAUCUACUACAGUUUUCUAUCUUCCAUAAAUUGAAGGAGCCAGGUUGCUUUGUUUUUGAUCUUCUAGCUACACCCUUCAAGAGAUCAUAAAUAGAGAGAUCUCAGAAACAUAUAUAUAUCACAAGCUAUGCUGAAUCAACAGGGGUCGUUUGAGCAGCAAGAGAUGGGUUUCUUGGGUACUCUUAUUCCACCAAACAUGGCUCUUCUUCCUCAGUUGGGUUGCAGCCAAUCUUCUUCUCUCAAGGCCUUUUUCAAUGAUAUUAUUCCUCCAACAAGCAGUACAGUUACUGGUGGAGAUGCAACUUCAGAUCAUGUUAAUCUGAUGAUCAGCCAUGAAACCCUAUUCUCAUCGCCAUCUUCAUCAUCUGCUACUCUAAAGCAAAGAGAAGGAGGGAUCACCUCUACAACUACUACUACUUGUGAUAUUGAAGGACCCCAUCUCCUAUCCUUGCAAAGAUCUAGUGCAAAUCUCUGGGCAUGGGGAGAUGUGAAUGAGAGCUUGAAUAACAACAAAAGAAGUAGUGGAGGUGGUGGCGGUGAUAUUGAUCAUCAUCACCACCACCAUCAACAUCUAGGGGUUUCAGCAUUGAAGAUGAAGAAAAUCAAAGGGAGAAGGAAGGUGAGGGAGCCAAGGUUUUGCUUCAAAACAAUGAGCGAUGUGGAUGUGUUGGAUGAUGGUUACAAGUGGAGGAAGUACGGCCAAAAAGUAGUGAAGAACACACAGCAUCCCAGGAGCUACUAUCGGUGUACACAAGACAACUGCCGAGUGAAGAAGCGUGUAGAAAGAUUGGCAGAGGAUCCCAGAAUGGUUAUUACAAGUUAUGAAGGUAGACAUGCUCAUUCUCCGUCGCAUGAUCUUGAUCAGGACUCACAACCUCCGUCCCAACUCGCUAAUUUCUUCUGGUAGGCGGUAGCUAGCUAGCCAUAUACAUGCAUGUACUACCAUUUGCUUUAUUAUUGUGUUUUUUUCUCUCUGCCCCACAUGAUGAACGCUGGACGUUGUGCCUUGAUACAGCAAUGACAAGACUUUUCUCCAAAUUUUGUCCUAAUAAUUAAGUUUCUACUCCCUGACUUAUGUUUCUA